GAUCAAAGUUCCAUCACAACUUGCUCAAGUUGACUAAAAAAAUUAGAGGAAAAUGGAAGUAGAAAACCAGGUGGAUACAUGGGACGGCUAUGUGGAUUGGAGGUACAAACCUGCAGUGAAAGGGCGGCAUGGUGGCAUGCGCGCCGCCUCUUUCGUUUUGGUUUUGGAAGUAUUGGAGAACAUAACAUUUUCGACAAUCGCAAGCAGCGUGGUGCUAUACAUGACAAAGUACAUGCACUUUUCGCCGGCGAACGCAGCGAAUUCCGUCACCAAUUUCCUUGGGACUGCGUACCUCCUGACCCUACUGGCUGGUUUCCUAUCGGACGCUUGCUUGAAUACUUAUGUUAUCUGCCUGAUGGGCGCCGUGCUUGAGUUUCUGGGCUUGAUCAUACUCACAGUACAAGCUCACUCCCCCUCCCUAUAUCCACCUCCGUGCAAUGCAGAAACCUCCUCCACCCCAUGCCAGCAAGUCAGCGGCAGCAAAGCCGCAAUGCUAUUCAUAGGCUUAUACCUGGUGGCACUAGGCGCCGGAGGCAUGAAAGGAUCACUGCCCUCGCAUGGAGCAGAGCAAUUCGACGAGAGUACCCCUCAGGGCAGGAAGCAGAGGUCCACUUUCUUCAACUACUUCGUCUUCUGCCUCUCGUGCGGCGGCCUUAUUGCCGUGACUUUUGUGGUGUGGAUUGAGGACAACAAGGGGUGGGAAUGGGGUUUUGGUAUCUCCAUUAUUGCUACAGUGCUGUCUAUUUCUAUUUUCCUGGCUGGUUCUUCUUUUUAUAGGAACAAGAUUCCUUGUGGAAGUCCAAUUACAACCAUUUGCAAGGUUCUUUUAGCAGCUACACUCAACUCUUGCCUAGGCAGAAGUUCUAAUGCAAUCACGUGCACAGCCACAAGUCCUUGUCCUCCAACCCGAAUCAACAAGGAAGAAGAAGAAGAAUCAAAAGAAGAACCAAAUACCAAAGCCAUUGAACCCAUCGCCACCCCAUCAGAAGGCCACAAAUUCCUCGACAGAGCAAUUGUUGAAAGACCAGUCCUCAAUGCAUUACAUUGCACGACGCAACAGGUAGAAGAUGUCAAAAUCGUCAUAAAAAUCCUCCCCAUUUUUGCCUGCACCAUCAUGCUCUAUUGCUGCCUUGCUCAGCUCUCCACAUUCUCGGUCGAACAAGCCGCCACCAUGGACACCAGAGUCGGCUCCCUAACAGUCCCACCCGCGUCCCUUCCCAUUUUCCCAGUAGUCUUCAUCAUGAUCCUUGCACCGGUCUAUGACCAUCUCAUCAUCCCAUUUGCGCGUAAAAUUACCAAAACCGAAAUGGGUAUCUCUCAUCUACAAAGAAUAGGAGUCGGACUAUUCUUAUCAAUCCUUGCAAUGGCAACAGCAGCACUAGUUGAAAUAAAGCGCAAGAGGGUGGCUACCAAAAACGGUCUCCUUGAUUCCCCCAACCCAUUACCCAUCUCAUUCUUAUGGGUUGCUUUUCAGUUCUUGUUUCUGGGGUCGGCUGAUCUUUUCACACUGGCCGGUUUAUUGGAGUUUUUCUUCACGGAGGCGCCCAGUAGCAUGAGAUCUGUCGCGACUUCUCUCUCUUGGGCGUCUAUGGCCGUGGGGUACUUUCUUAGCUCAGUGGUUGUGCAGAUCGUCAAUAAUGCAACAAGGCAUUCCAAGCAUCAGCCGUGGCUUUCCGGUACGAACUUGAAUUACUAUCACUUACAACGAUUCUACUGGUUGCUGUGUGUGCUGACUGGAUUGAACUUCUUAAACUACCUCUUCUGGACUAACCGGUACAAGUAUCACAACAAGAAAAUUGAACUGUAGAAGCGGGUGUUGGUGCCACCUGCAUACGUGGUCUCCCUGCCCAUGACCACUCUCUGUCUGUUUGGUCGAAAGAUAGUGUUUUGGGUAAUGACUCCACUUGUUGAUAGAUGUGAUUUAGGGUUGUUUUGAGCUUUAUUGUUGUUGGGUUUCAGUUUGUUUUUGGAUGUUCUUGUUUGGUGUUUUUUUUAUACAUUCAACCUUUGGUUGGAUUCCCCCCCCCAUUUGUCAAAAUGUUUAUUUUGCUUAUAAAAAAAACCCUAAUAAAAUGUUUGUACAUUAAA